AGUGAUGAUGAAGUGAAAGCAGUUUUAUUUACUCCGAUAUCUUUUAUCGUUUCGUAAAAUAUUAGUCUCUAGAUCUUAGAGCAAUCAGGCAUCUAGAGGCAAGAUCCCCAAUCAUGAGGAUGUAUAUAGGCAUCCUGUUACCAUGGAAACACAUCAUAUCACACGUGAGACCAGUGCUUCCAAAGAGAUACUCAUCUGGAGGGAGAUCAACCAGGACUCCUUUCAUCCAAGCAAUCAAAGAGGGGUAUGGAGAUCGAAAAGCAUUAGUUGAUACUCAUCAGACAUACACUUAUAGAGAUAUCAUAAGCUGGAGUAUGGUUCUAUCAAGGCACAUCCUCUCCAAUACAAAAAGAGAUGAAGUGCUAUCAAGGCGAGGGUCAAAGGUCAUUCUGAACGGUGAGAGAGUAGCAUUCCUGUGUCCUAACGAUGCGUCGUAUACGAUUACCCAAUGGGGUGUUUGGAUGAGUGGUGGGAUGGCUGUUCCUCUGUGCAAGUCACAUCCAGAGUCGGAGUUAGAGUACAUCAUCCAGGAUUCGCAAAGCUCUCUGGUGGUAACAACCAAGGAAUUCUCACAGAAGAUCAUACCUAUCGUUGAAAGACACAUGAUCAAUUACAUGGUAAUAGACAAUCAGGCUUUCCAUACUCCAGAACAGGGUGAUGGAGUUGAUAUGGAAACUCGGGUCGGGGUACAAGAAGAUCCAAUCCUACAAAGAGAAGAUGCUAUCGAGGACAAUCUUUCCAUCAUGACGUUCAAUCACCACACCGAGGAUCUAAUCCCAAUGAAUAGCCUAACUGAGAAGUGGAAGCAAAUACGUUGGAAGAAUCGUGGCGCCAUGUUGCUCUACACGAGUGGUACGACAGGGCGACCCAAGGGUGUCUUGAUGACCUUUGGUGCUCUUCAAGCUCAGAUUCAGAUGAUGAUAUCAGCGUGGGAUUGGACGUCCGGUGAUGUUAUUCUUCAUGUUUUACCAUUACAUCAUUUUCAUGGUGUGGUUAAUUGUUUAGCGUGUCCUCUAUGGUCGGGUGCUACGUGUGUCAUGCUUCCCAAAUUUGAUGCAGAAAAGGUUUGGCAAUUGCUCCUUGAAGACCAUACACCUAGGGUGAAUGUCUUUAUGGCGGUACCUACUGUCUAUGUCAAGCUUCUAGAUUUCUAUCAACUCAAGUACACAACGCCAAAGGUUCAAGCUUUCAUUAGAGCAACAUUGAAAGAAAAGAUGAGAUUGAUGGUGUCUGGUUCGGCUGCAUUACCUCAACCUAUUAUGGAUGAAUGGGAGAAAGUAUCGGGUCAUCGAUUACUAGAAAGAUACGGUAUGACGGAACUUGGUAUGGCUCUUACCAAUCCACUCAUCGGAGAAAGAAAACCAGGUGCAGUAGGGAAUCCCUUCCCGACCGUUGAGGUGCGAAUCGUGUCCUCCACCAACCAAGUCAUUGCCUGGGGCAACUGCUUUCACAGUGAGGUCGUGCCAGGGUUCGAAGGUCAACCGGGUGACCUACAGGUCAAAGGCCCAGCUGUUUUCAAAGAAUAUUGGAAUAGACCUGAUGCUACGAAGGAGAGUUUUACUGACGAUGGGUGGUUCAUGACUGGAGACACGGCAUGCUUGGAUGAUGGUGUGUUCAGGAUCUUGGGAAGAUCAUCGGUGGAUAUCAUCAAGUCCGGAGGCUACAAGAUCAGCGCCCUUGAUGUUGAAAGACAUCUCCUCUCCCAUCCCAUGAUUGCCGAGGUUGCUGUGGUAGGUCUCCCAGACAUUACUUGGGGUCAGAGGGUCACUGCCAUAGUAACGUUAAAGGCAGGUCAAAGGUUAAGUCUUGGAGAGCUUAGGAAUUGGGGGAAGGAUAAGCUGCCAUCAUAUCAGAUUCCUACAGAGUUGAAGAUCGUAGAAGAAAUACAGAGGAAUGCAAUGGGGAAGGUUAAUAAGAAGCAGUUAGUAUCUCAAUUAUUUGGGAUUGAAUGAAAAGAAAUUCAGUGGGGUAAAUCUCUGGUAUAUUCCUCAAGGAGUGGUGAUUGGGCUUGCCAGAAUCUGUUGACUUGGGUAACCAUAGGUUUGUAAACUACUUAAUUACUCCAUUACAUUGUGAUAUAAGCAUUACAUGAUAUUCAAACAGAUUUUUGUAUGUCAGAACAUCACGCUUUGCGAUUUACUUAUUAAAAAAUGGUGCUCGCCAAGUUUAUUGGACUCGUUUAACAUUCAUUAAGUGAACGAUGAAUGUGAAAAAAAAUCAUUGAACAGUUGUAGAGAAUAUCACUUAUGAGCAUAACAGGCACGACGUGCAAUGACCAUAACUUUUUUUUAAAUCUUCUAAUUAAGAGAAUCCCUGGAAUGUAUAUUUGGUACUAAUGAAGCCUUAGAUCAUAAAGCAAAUAUUUCAUAUCAGUUUUGAAUUCAACUCUUUAGUAAGAGAUCACAGUUGUGUAAAAAACAUGACACCUUAAACAUGACAUGCCAGUUUUGUCCAUUUUCUUUACGGUCUUUAUACUUACACUUAAAAGCAUUCAAUAACAAAUGUAAAGCUUAUGUCAUUAAUUUUAAAUCCUACCUGUACCAUAAACAUCUAUGAAAUCAAUUCUGAAGAUAAAUGUAGAAUAAAUCUAUUCAAACAUUGUAACCCCCUCCAAAAAAAGUAGAAAAUUGCAAGAAGACAUUUGCAUUUUUGGAAGAAAGGUAUGCCUAAAUGACUUUAAAAAUAUUUAGAUACCACUCAAAUUAAAUAGCUUGAUGAGUUUGAUUAAUUGAUACUAAAUUUGUCACUUUAGCAUCACACAUAUUGUUUGAGUUAUUAGUGACUAUUACAGAUGUUUGAAUUAGAGGAAUGGUAAAUUAAAAAAAAAUUUUUUGGGGGGGAGGGGGUCUUCCAUACAAGCUCUUUAAAAUAGAGUCUUUGACUCUGUAAUAUGAAGUGUGGUUUGGAUUAGUGUUAUCGUCCUUAUAUUUCUAUUUUUGUAUCAAGAAAACUUUGCAGCUGCAUGUAUAAAAGCAUUUUCUAAACAAAUGUGUGUGUGUUGGUAUGGUUUGAUUUCAAAUCAAAAGUAUUACCAGUAAUAAAAAAAUAUUCAAGUAAUUCUGUCUGUUUUGUUGAAUUGCCAGGAAGAUAGUAGUCAAUAGAUAUUGGAGUUGACUCUUUUAGUAUCUCCUUGGUUGAACUUGAGGAUUGUAUGGAAUUUCAUCAUUUAUACAAACUCGUGCUUCAUUUUCAACAUGUUAAACAUGGAUUUAACACGUUAUGACAUGAUAGCGAGCUCUGUGCUCCAUUAUAGUCUCAAAGAAUUGAAAGUCUUGUCAGGGCCAAUCAAAUUUGCAGUUUCAUGCACAUGGCAUUCACCAUGCCCACUAUUAGCCAAUCAGAAUCAUUGUUGCAAGGGUGGAAGUGAUCACAAAUUGAGCUGAAAAAGCUUAAGUUGAGAGAGCUCGGACUCCCAUAUAUUUUUUGUAAAGAGGAAAGCUAAAAUUAGCUUCAAUUAAGCUGAAAAUCAAAAGCAAAUAUAGCUGAAAUAGCUUAAAAGCUGAAAUCUCUUAACCCUGGUAUUGGAGGAAACUUACAAAUGAUUGCAAACUUUAGGGCCAACAAAUUCAUUUCUUGAAAUGAAGUAUGUCAAAACAAAUUUAAUUCAAUAAUUACUUGUUAUAAGCUUUGUCGAUUUUUGUAAUUCUUGAGUAGUCUUCCAAGAUGUACUUUGAUGUUAAUAUGUGCAAUUAUGAGAUCAUGAUGUGAAAACAGGAUAUUAUUAUUAUGUAUUAAAUACAUGUCAUUAAUUAGAAA